GCUUCCAAAGAUAAUUUUAGCUUGGUGCUUCCGUAUGUUUGAUUGUGUUUUUGACUGAUAUUAGUGAAAAAGAGGUCUGUGGUCUCGGAAAAAGUGCUCUAUCUCCUGGAUAUUCCAACAGAAGUCCCUGAAAAGAGUGAUAAAAGGUGGUAGAGGGGUGCUGAAAUGUCAGACUGAAGAAGAAAAGCGAGGAGAUGGACGAGGAAAAGUGUCAAGUGAUUAAUUUAUCAUUCCCCUCGUAUAUUGAGGACUGAGAGAGUGGAACUUUCCGGGGAAAUCCAGAUUCCGAGUAACACCCUUUCGUCCAGGUUGAGGCGUAACCAUGAUGCGCCUCAAUCUAAAGUUCAUCCUAGGACUCCUCUGUCUCAUUGUCCUGGCUACAUUUUCGCUCUGGACUCAAUGCGGGGACUCUGCUCUCGGACGGAGUCUUGUGCCCAAAUGGGAUAGGAGAUCUUUCUCGGGCAACCAACAACCAGAGCAGACGGAGGAGAUAGACUGCUUUAUUAAUCAGGAAUACACAAUUAGCUGCCGGAAGGAGGGUGAUGAGGUCUACUUGCCCUUUUCGUUUCUGCACAAAUACUUUGAGGUCUAUGGCUCCCUCAGCACCGUGGACGGCACCACGAGAUUCGACUGGGCGCACAGUUACGGAAAGGUCAAUUAUCCGAAGGGUGUCUACGACCCCAGAGGCAUUUUCAUGUAUUUCGAGAACUACAACGUGGAGAUGAGGGAUCGCGUGAAAUGCAUCUCAGCAAGUGAAGGAGUCCCCAUCUCAACCCAGUGGGAAAGUCAGGGAUAUUUCUACCCCACGCAAAUUGCUCAAUUCGGUCUGUCGCACUACAGCAAGAAUCUGACGGAGCCAGAACCGCGCCGAAAAGUGGUUGAAGAUGCUGAGAAAAAUAGGGGUGAGUGGCAUGUCCCCAGGGAAAGUGCUUUCAGGAGGCAUUUUGAUAACAAGGUUGGAAGUAUGGUAGUGCAGUUUGCAACUGGAGGAAACUUGGAUAGCGCAGUUAGUUUGCAUAUGGAUCAUGUACUGGACCUUGUGCUGAGCCUUGAUAUACAGCUAAAAGUCAAUAGUACAUUUUCGGUUGGUUUGCAACACCGGGAAACUAAAAGGGAAUUCAUUAUACACUAUAUUGUAUCGGAUUUGAUGUUAAGUGUGCAGGAGGAGAAUGUCUAUUAUGGGUUGGGGAUGGGAGGUCUGGAUUCUAAUGGAACAAUGGGAUGGAGGCACCUUACGAGAGAUCUGCUUGUGGAUCUCCAGAAAGGUAUACCUGCAGCCGUGACAUCUGGUGGAGAGAAGAGACGUAAACUACGUAGGACUGAGGUCCGCAUUACUAGGUUAUCCUUUGUAGGCGCUGGCGCCUUUGACAACGUCACUCUGUCCACUAGUGAGCACAUAGCUCACUUUUACGAUGCUGCAGAGUGGUUUGUUAGGCAUCAAGACCCUGUAACAGGAGGAUGGGCAAAUUCCGUAAGGAGACGCCUAGGAUCAGGUUUUGCAGAGUUACCUAAUGGUUGGUACUCAGCUAUGGGGCAAGGUCAUGCAAUAUCUCUUCUAGCACGAGCCUAUCAUCAUUCCCGGGGCGACACUCGCUUCUUGCGGGCCGCCAUUGAGGGUCUUAAACCCUUUCGGGUGCCGUCGUAUCAGGGUGGGGUUCUGGCUACAUUCCUAGGCAAAUAUGCCUGGUAUGAAGAAUAUCCAACAUCCCCACCCUCCUUUGUUCUCAAUGGUUUUAUAUACUCCCUUUUGGGCCUUUAUGAUCUCAACUCCACAGCCCCACAAGGGCAUUGUGCCGAAGCCGGAGCCCUCUUUGAGCAAGGUAUGACGUCCCUCAAGCACAUGCUUCUGCUAUAUGAUACAGGCUCCGGGACAAGUUAUGACCUACGCCAUUUUACACUUGGCAUUGCGCCUAAUCUUGCCCGCUGGGACUACCAUGUCACCCAUGUCAAUCAGCUUCUUUUGCUAACAACCAUCGACAGGGAUCCUGUGAUUGAGCAGACGGCUAAGAGAUGGCAGGGCUAUAUGGUGGGUAAGAGGGCCCAGCACAAUUGAAUUCUCUAUGGCAGAAACUUACAAAAUGGUAGAUGACUGUUUACAGUUUACACUAAUGCACAGAUAAUUCCAAUUUUUUAUAUUAAACAAAAAUUAAUUAUUCACCCUUGAAAAGUCUGGAAAAAUUUUAUUACAAAAAAAUAAUAUAUAGUAAUAUUAGAAUUUUUCCAUGUCAAAGAAUCUAUUGGAGGGUUUUUCUUAGAAGAUGGAACAAUAGUUGCAAUAAUUUAGCAAUUUUGCAAUGCAGCAUUAAACGAUUAGGGAAUAUUGAUGGUUGGAGUAUUCGACUUGAGAAAGUUGGUCUACUCGAAUUAUUCUUGUGUUUUGUAUAAAAUGGGAUAAAGACUAUUUUUUGAUUUCAAGCUGUCAGAUUAUAACAUGAAAAUUAUUAAUAAUGUUUGAUGUCCUAAAAAUGUAAAAGUUUCCACUGAUAAAUUUCAGUUUUUGGAUUUUAGAAGCGUCUUUCAAAAUAAACAAUUGUUAAAUUCAUAACGUUUUAGUUUAGAUAAAUUUCAAGCGUCUCAAUGCAACUUGUUUCAAAGUCGAAUAAUCCAAGCACAGAUGACUUUUGAAUCUUUUAUCACGAAUAUGCUGUUAUUUGGGUAUAUCAAAUUAGAGGCAAAGAAAAACGCUAUUGAAUAUUAAUUAUUAUUAAAGAUGAAAACUUAAUAGAGCAACGCUUGUGCAGUAGAAAAUAUUUCAAGAAUUUAACAAUAGGAGCAAUGUUAGUUAAUAUUUUCUGCUUCUGUUGAAGUUAUACAGUGACUUAUUUACGAAUUUAUGGAUUGAAUUAAUGAACAGAAAUUAUUUUACACGCGCAAUUAAUACUAGAUUUUUUUUUUAAUUCUUAUCAUUGGUUUAUACUGCAAUUUUUCGAUUAUAAUAUUAUGCAACAGCAUUUUGUGCUUUUUAUGUUAUGUGAUUUUUCUUGGUUGGGUCCAGUAAUUGACGAAAAAGCUCUUCAUUUUGAUUUUAAUUUGCUUUUACAUCCGUAAUCUAGGGAGAAUCAGUUUUGAUAUUUUUUGGUGCUAUGGUAAUCAUAAUUCCCAUUCUAUUGAACCAAUUUAAUUCUUUAUAAGGAAAUAAGUGAAAGUCCUGAAACAGCCGAUAAUUCCCUAUAACUAUUAAAUCAACAUCAGAGGCACUUAAAAUCAAGUGCAGAAGGUUAAAAGGCAUAGAAGAAUAUUUUUUAGGAACUCUUGACAGAUAUUUUGAAAACAAUAUUCUAGACAUCUAGAUAAUGUCAAAUAUUUAUUAUGCGUCACUUUCGUCUUUUUUUCAUUUUCCUUAUAAAAUGCUUAUUCGGUUCUGUAGAAUCGAAAUAAUGGUUCUUUAAAUACCAAAAACAAAAUAUGGUUUGAGCAAAAACGAAAGGAAAAGCAAAUCAAAAUUAUAGUGUUGAGCAUUUCUUACAUUAUUGUACCUAAGCUAUGAAAAAAUGCUGAAAAAUUUACAAAACAGUUGCAUAGUAUAAUAAAUCUCUGUGCUAAUAAUAAGUGACUUUUCCAAAUUUAAAAAAAAAAAUGCAACAUAAAUUCAAAAUAGAUGCUCAGAAAAAAUGUGAAAAUUGAAGAAAAUAAAUAUCUCAGAAAUUUAUCACAAAGUUGUAAAAUCAAAUGGAGCUUAAUAGAGAUAUUGCCCAAUAGUAUGCAAGGGGCAGCAAAACGUACCUUAAUAAAAAUAAAAUUUUCUGAACAAUUUCUCGUACCUUAAGUUUAUGUUUAUUUUUUUCUCGAUAAAUAGAGCGAUAAAAUUGAAGAAUUUAAUAUUUUUAUGACUUUAAUAAAAUGUUGAUAAUUUUAUUGCGUACAAGUUUUUUUUUAAUACUUUAUAAAGCAAAAUUGUGUGUGAAAGAACUUGUGAAAUGUGUUUAGAAAAGUUAUAUUUUCGUAGUGAAAAAAUUGUGUGUUGGAGAGAGCUUAAAAAUACGAGGAUGAAAUGAAGAAAAACAGUUUUUAGACUUUAGAUAAUUCUAUAUUUUUAGAGAGCACUAAUCACAUUAAUAUUUUUACAUGAAAAUAUAAAAGAAGAAAAAACUGAAGAAAAUCAAUAAGAUGUAAACUUAUAUAAAAAACUUAACUAAAAGGAAAAUCAAAGAAUAGACAUCUCUUUUCCAUUUUCCUAUUGGAUAGAAAAAAAAAACAAUAACAAUUCUCACCUUCUUGUACAUAAAAUUUUACUAAGAAAAAAAAACCUUCAAAAUAAAGAAAUUGCCAAGACAAACUUUUAAAAUGAUCUAUCAAACAGUUUAUUACGUAGGGCAGUUGGUUUUGUAUUAGAACAGAGAAAAAUGUAGUUGGAAAGAGAAUAAAAUAAAUUCGUAAAUGAAACCCUUUUCUUCCAAUGUGUCAAUUUGCAAAUUGAAAUUUGUACCAUAGAAAUAAAACAAAAAAAUAAGAAAUGAUGGUUAUAGAUUAAAAUCAAUGGACUAAUGUUGAGAAUGAAGUGAUUAAGAUUUUGUAUUGCAACUUCAAAUACUUAUUAUUUUUUUAAUAUAAUUUCUUUAUAAAGCUGAAUUUUAACAAAGACUGUGCUAGUUUCCUGAAAAAAGUCACAGCUUAAAACUUUCACGAUGCUUUAAAACUUUUACCGUAAAUUUAAUUUAAACUUUUUCCUCACAAGUAAAAACAUUUUAUUGAAUUUUCUUGUUAGUCAACCAAGCGCGGACGGAUAUUUUUUAUUAGAAUUCAUGUGACAAUAACUUUAAUGUACUUAAAAAGAAAAAAUCGCAAAAUAUUGUAUUUGCAGUGAAAACAAAAUCUUUCACUGAUUAAAUACCGAAGAAAUCUUUAAAUUAAUGGGCACUAAAUGUAAAUUAAUUAAAAUACAAAAAAAAACACACAGCAUGUAGCAAAGUGAAGCAAAUAAUCAUUUAGCACUUGUAGAGUUGAAAAAAAAAACAAUGUAAUCAACCCCUCUAAUUACCCCCAAAAUGAGAUUUCAAUAAAAAGAAACAAUCAAGAUAAAUUAUGCAAA